AUGGUAGGAAAAGAAAUUGACAGGAAAACUGAUCAAGAAUCUCAUGUUGGAUCAGAAAUGAGUCUUAUUGAUUAUAUUGAAGAACAAUCUCAUCUAGAAGAAGAGGCUAGAGAAAGUCUUCCAUAUAAUUUUGACCAUUGUACUUAUGAUCGUCGUCUCCGUCAGCCUUUGUAUGUAUGUAAAACGUGUUUUCCAGUAAACGGAGAGCGUCAAAAAGGAGGUAUUUGUUAUUCUUGUAGUAUUCAAUGUCACGGAGACCAUGAACUGAUUGAACUUUUUUGUAAACGUGAUUUCCGCUGUGAUUGUGGUACAGAUCGACUUGGAACAGAGAUUUGCAAAAUUCGUAAAGAACAUUCGCCAGUCGAUCCAGAUAAUCAAUAUAAUCAUAAUUUUGAGGGAAAAUUUUGCUGGUGUGAUGCUGAUUAUGAUCCAGCAACAGAUGAACGUACUAUGUUUCAAUGUUUGUUAUGUGAAGAUUGGUUUCAUGAUCAAUGUAUAGGAAUGGAAAAUAUUAAAAAUAGUGAUGAUUAUGAUUUUUUUAUUUGUAGAAGCUGUGUAAAAAAGGAAUCCUGGUUGAAAAGAUAUCUACAUGUGAAGGGCUUUGUGUGUAAUAAAAAAAAUGAACCGUCUUAUCAAAAUGAACGAAAAAAUAUCUUAAAUACAGCAUCCACUGCAAAUGAAGAAAUCCCCGUAUUAAAUUCUGAUAAAAAUAUGAAACGAAAGCUGAAUGAUGAUGAAUUCCUAGAAUUAUCUCCAAAAAGACUUAAAACAGAAAAUAAUAUUCAACAAUCUUGUUCUUGGGCAAUUCUACCGAUGGGUCCUAAGGAAGAUGUUUCUCUAUUUCUUUCAAAUGACUUUCGACUUGGUAUAUGUCAUUGUGUUCAAUGUCUUGCUUUGAUGGCUAAAAAUCCGGUGUUGUUGGCUGAGGAAGAGACAUAUGAGCCACCAGAAGAUAGUGAUGAUGAAAGUCUAAUUGAUGCUGGUGUUCGAGCAUUAAAUUCUCUUCCUCGUGUUCAAGCAAUUGAAGGUAUUAUUGCGUAUAAUUAUAUGAAAGAUGCAUUGAGCAAAUUUUUACGACCAUAUGCAGAAGAAGGAAAGGUUGUUACAGAAGAUGCUAUUCGAGAAUUUUUUGAUAAACAAAUGGAAGAAAAAAAAAUGUCUAAUAUGCUUUCUAAAACUUAUAAAGAUACAUCCUUUUAA